CUCAAAUUCAUUGUACCUUGGCACUUUGAGACAUUUUAAGAGACAAAAAAUUCAACUUUGCAAAAAAAAAAAAAAUCUUAUUCUUGUUCGAUUGUACAAGAAAGUUUUAUAUUUAAAUUGUCAUUCUUGUCAUUCUCAGCGCACAUGUGACCCCACUAACUAUAUCCUACGCAAAAUAUACAAAAUUUCUAUUCUCAAUUGGUAACUUUGUUUUAUCAUCGAAUAUUACCGAUUAAAGUAAUUUUAGACUUUGAAUUUGUGUAACUUUAAAUGAAUAUUAAUAUACCUCAUUUAAAUAUACACACAUUUAUCUGCAAAAUUCAAAAUCCAUUCUCUUAAACACAAAUCAUAAGGGAACUAAAAUACUUAACUCGAGAAGUUUUAUAUGCUAGCCCUUCUAUGCACCUAUCCCUACAUGUAAUGUUCACAUGCUUGUCAUGUAAGAGUGUGGAUGAUAUUCACUUAGAUUUCAAAAAUUCACAAAAUUCCACUGAGAUUUCAGAAAUCGCAAAGUCUUUCACUGACAUUUGAUUUUUAGAACAUUUAUAUCCCUAAAAAAAUUUAUCUUUUGUUAAAAUGUAAGGAUAUAUUUAUAUCCUUUUUGACAAAAUUCGGAUAAAUCCUUAAAAUUUUAAAAACUUGUUCUUUUCUUUUCAAAUGUGACAUUCAUUGAUUGAUGGAUUUCAAAUAUUCUUAUAUCCUUAUCAUUUUCAUAAACAAAUUAAGUUAAAAUUUUUCAAGUAAAAGACACUCACCCUCUCUGAAAUUUGUUAAAAAAAAAAAACAUUAACCUUCCCUGAUAUUUCAAAAAUCCUGAAGACCGUUUGACAAAAGAAACAAACUUUCCUUCAAAAGAUUUAUCUUUUACAAAGUACAAAUAAAAAUUUGUGUCUUUUUGAUAAACUUCGGAAAGGUCUUGAAAAUUCUUGAAAUCUCAUAAAAGGUUUAUGAGAUUUUUAAAACGUCGGAGUGGCUCUUGUCUUUUUGUCAAACUCAAGGACUGUCAUUUCUUUUGCCCAUUUUUCCUCCAUAACUUGUGCACCAAGUUCUACAAUAGGAAAGGUGCAUGGAUGGGCAACGUUGUCAACUCCUAUAAAUUAAUGCUGUGGUCCAAAAGUCUGCCAUUCAAACCCAAUAAUCAACGACUCUACAUUAUUUUAUUCGCUAAACGUUGAAUUACAGAAUACAAUAUGCCAUUAAACACAGGGGUUGGUUGCGUGUUUGACUGCCAAGAAAAUUUCACCCACAAUUAGCUCCUCUAUAAAAGAAUCAUCCAGAGAAAAAGAAAAGGGCAGAUCGAACCAAGAUGGGAGAAGAAGAGGUGAAGGUGUUGGGAGUGUGGGGAAGCCCGUUCAGUACGAGGGUGGAGAUUGCCCUUAAACUCAAGGGCAUACCCUACGACUCCAUAGAAGAAGAAGACUUACAUGGCAACAAAAGCGAGUUGCUGCUGAAGUCGAACCCGGUUCACAAGAAGAUUCCGGUUUUCUUCCAUGCCGGAAAACCCAUCGCCGAGUCACUUGUGAUUAUUGAGUACAUCGAUGAGACUUGGAAGGCCAACCCCAUCUUGCCCCAUGAUCCUUAUCAGAGAGCCUUGGCUCGUUUUUGGGCCAAGUUCGUUGAUGAACAGUGCAUGCCUGCAAUUGGAAAAGUUUUUUAUGGUGAUGACAAAGCAGUGAAAGAAGCACAUGAUUGCUUGAAAAUACUUGAAAAUGAGCUAGAGGGCAAGAGACUAUUUGGAGGAGAGACAAUUGGACUGGUAGAUAUUGCUGCUAGCUUCAUAGGCUAUUGGAUGGGACUGCUUCAAGAAGUGGGGGCAGUAAAAUUAUUGACUAAUGAAAAGUAUCCCAAAUUAUGCAAAUGGUCAGAAGAGUUUGUUAGUAUUGUUAAGGAGUAUCUACCUCCUAGGGACAGGCUACUUCCCCACAUAAAAGCUCGCUUCGAGGCUAUCCAUGCUUCUAAAUAAAUGUUAUUACUAAUAUACUAAUAUGAUGUAGUGUAUCACACUUUUUAUUAUGAGUUGUUUCAUAUAAGUUAGUUAACUUAGCAUGCGAUAAAAUACAUAUGAAGCAAGUCGUGAUGAGGUGUGACAGUUGGUUCAGCUAAAUAUUUCUACUAAAUAAAUGAUUCAUGAGUUUUAUA